UGAGCAUUUGAUGUGCAAGAGAGCAAACAAGUCAACGAAACCCCAGGAAAACUCUCAUCACUACUGUAAAAAUUAAACACACCAAUACACUUGGGUCCUGAAUUCAUUGCUUGGCAGGCAGUUUCCACAGGGGGGAGAAAAGAGAGGAGAAAAUAAACGCCACAAUGUGCGCCAAAAAGACAACCCAAAAGUCCAAACCCACACGGCAGGACGCCGCACCGUCAAAAAAGCAGAGACCCGCAGAGGUCAUAGAACUUUCAUCAGAUUCAGACUCGGACGCCAGCAGUGUUGGGGGAAACGGGGAAGAGGAGCAGCCGGAGCAGCAACCAGUAGCGACGCCAGCGACGAAGCGCAAAGCCCCCGAGGAUGUGACCGGGGAGGAUGGCGACGCGCCCGCCUCGUCGAGCGCGUCAAAACGGCAGCGGAAGCUGGCCGUCAGGGUGAAGCAGGACGGUGCAUCCGGGGCGGGCAAGGACGACGGCGGUGUGGUGGUGCGCAAGACGCACCUGGAAAUCUCGGCGCCCGCCGCGGCACUGAGCAGCAGUGGGAAGAAGCCCGAGGUGGUGGCGGCAGCGUCGACGCACGUGCGCUUUGGCCAGGACGACGACGACAGCAACGACAGGUUCUUCACGCCAAUGGAGAGGCCCGCCAAGAAGAACUUGUUCGACGCGGCGGCAAAGAAUGCCCUGGGUGGUGAGAAGGAGGAGGGGGGCAGCGAGGACGAGUCAGAGUCGGACGAUGACGCGCCGCCCGAGGCUGUGUCUAGUCACGCUGCGGCGCAUCAGCUCAACGAUCUCGUCAAGCAGGCUGCUAAAGCUGCUGAGCUACAAGCUGCCUCAGAAAGGCUAAAGCGCCAAAGGCGCGACGCCCUCUUCAAGACGCAAGCCAGGAAGCGUGCGCUGGACGAAGCAGAAUCCACCGCUGCGCCCAAGGCGGCACCGGCACUUUUACCGGCCGAGUUCCUCGAGUCUGACGACGAGAGCGAUGCCGACGAUGAGGAGUCAAGGACGGCAGAGGCAAGAAAGCCCAAGAAGAUCAAGUUCGAGACGGCCGAGAGGCGAUCCGCGAGGCAGGAGGGCCGAGGCGUGGCCGACCGUCGCGACGGCGACACCGUCUACAAGGUCGUUAGGCCCGUGGCCGACACACGGCUGGCGCCUAGGGCGAGCAAGCGUACCGCCUUUGACAAGAAGAAGCUCUUGUCGAGGGGGCGGGUCGAAGUGCGGAAGAAAGGUGGCUUUUUGCUCAAGUGAGAGGACAGGUAUUCUAGAAGACGGACGCCUAGCCUUAGAGGUCAAUAUGACAGGACGUGGUUCGGGUAUGAUGAGAUGUCAGGUCGUGUCAUUCUACUACUGAGAAAACUAGAGUAUACCCGCUUAGGACCCAUAGCGUCAGACGUGGUCUCGGGUGAUGACCGUGAAAAAAAAAAAAAAAAAAAAAAAAAGUCCAGCAACGAUCUAUGGGCUAUUAGAUUAUUUGAGA